AUGAGUUCCAUGUUCAAGAAAAAGGGCGCGCCCGCCUUCAAGCCCAAGAUUCCGUCGGCCAGAGCGCGCCCAGCAGCGCCCGCGCCCGCGCCAGCACCUGCCCCGAUCACGAAACCUGUCGAGCCACCCGUGGCAGUUGAUGAUCCUGUCGAGGAGCCACCUGUCGAGGCUUCAGAAAUCCAAGCACCCUCGGACUCGGUAGACCACUCUCAAAAACCCGACGAGCCUCCCACGCCGGAACCUUCACAACCAAAACGGCGCCGCCGGUCAAGCGCCGCCUCGACAACCAAACCUUUACAAGACGCGGGCACACGCAAAGCAUUGGCCGAAACUGCUAGAAGCAAUGUUGCGGCCAUUGCGGAAGGUACUCCCGCAGAUAUCCCUGCGGAUACUACCGCUGUGACUCCCGACGACACCGUGAACCAGGUAGAAGAUGCGCCAGCCACGCGGCGCCAGACUAGACAAAGGCGAGCCUCGCAAGCCGCACAGGCAAAACCCACAGCCGAAAUACAGCAGCUCGAGACGCCACCAUCGACGGAACAACAAGCUCCUGCGCCCAGUCUGGAAUCGCAACCAGAAGCGCAAGCCGAGACUCCAGCCGCCGCUGUACCCAAGGUUACAAGACCAAGGCGCCGAGCGGCCGCGGCGGCAGCAGCAGCCGCUGAAGCGGCAGCCGAGGAUGGCGAGGCAUCUACUGCACGACCGAGGAAGCGAACGAGAAAGAGUGUUGCUGCUGCGGAUGGCGAAGCUACGCCUACGGCUACGAAAACCAGAAAGCGAAAGACGGCGGCCACUGCAGGCGACAAGGAAAAGGCAGCGCCAAAAGCGCGACGGGCUCGAUCAACCACACCCGACGACUCUGAGAAUAAAAUGGUCGACCUGCAAACUCUGAAAAUGUCCGAUCUCACACGCGAUCUGCACAUUGGCAAAAAGUUCAGUCGACACGACGAGCUGCGAGAGCGAGAGCGCAAGGCCCGCCUGCAGGCAAAGCUGAAUAAGGAAGGCCUUGCCGUCAACGGCGACGGCUCACGCUCGGAAACGCCUCUCGACGAGCAAGCCCAACGAGUCAAGGCCGGCACACCUGGGUCCGGCACGCCCGGCGCCGCUGCUGCCGCCGACGGUGACGCCACGCCCAACGGCGGGCCCGCCCCCGCCGGACCGCAGUUCCGCAUCGUCGACGGCCAGAUUGUCGUGGACCAGAGCUCCCUCGUCAUGGACCGGCACGCGCGCGCCGCCGCCGCCCACGCCGGCGAGGACAUGGAGACCAUCGAGGAAAACGACUUUACACGGCUCAUCACGAGCAGCUCCUUCAUGACCACGUCCAAGCUGCGCGGGCCCAACAUCUGGACCGACGCCGAGACGGAGCUCUUCUACCGCGGCCUCAGCAUGUUCGGCACCGAGUUCCAGAUGAUCUCGCACAUGUUCCCCGGCAAGCAGCGCCGCCACGUCAAGCUCAAGUUCAACCGCGAGGAGCGCUGCAACCCGGCGCGUGUCGACGCGGCCCUCAUCGGCGAGAAGACGACCAAGAUGGACCUCGACGAGUACAAGCUCCUCACCGGCACCGAGUUCGAGUCGGUCGAGAGCAUCAUGGCCGAGCAGCGCAAGAUUGAGGAGGGCUACGAGGCCGAGCGCCAGCGCAUCGCCGCCGAGCAGGCCGAGAUUAUGCGCAAGAAGAAGGAGGAGCUCUUUGCGGAUGAUGACAAUGCAGCGGCCAAGAAGAAGGGCAAGAAAAAGGGCAAGCAGGCGGUCGCGUACGGGCUCAAUGGCGAGCCCAUUGUCAACGACGCGUAA